CCCUACCUUGAGGCAGAGGUACUUGCUGCCUCAUCAUGGCCUGCCUUUUCCCCUGGCAACAUGCACGUGCCCCCUCGCGCGCGCACGCUCAAUAGACUUUGUGUGUAGCCGUGGAGGCACCACCUGUGUCUGCCUCACUUCUCCUCUGCUGCGUUAUUUUCAUCAGGAAACACGGAAUUUCCGCGAUUUUGACCAUGAAAAAUAUCAAAACAUACAAGAACCACACCAAAGUCACAUAGAAAGCAUAGACCAAAAUAUAAAUAUUCAAUCUUAUUUUAUUACUUAGUUUUUGAACAGCCUUUACCCCCCUCCUGGUGGCAAGGUGAGACACUGCCUCACUUGCCUCCCCUUACAGGACGUCACUGCAUUUAAGUAAUUAUAGACGGCAAACCCAAUUGAUGCUGUUGCAACCUAUUUUUAUGGACUUGCCUCUUUGUGAUGUUAAGUUCCUAUUAUAAGCUGUUAUACAGUAGAUGCCAUGAGCUCUUAUUUUGAAGGCGCUAAGAGCGAAAGUGGUGACACGUUGUGGUGGAGCGGAGUUUUGAAAACAAAACGAAGUAAAGCGGUCCUCGUGUUUAUUCCACAUAAAUCAGAAGACAGCAGCAAGAAGAAAGAAGUCUUCGUGCUUUCUGACAAGACGAAGCUCCGCCGUUGCUAGCUGCGGCUAACUUAGAUGAAGCUAGCUGACUCUCUGAACUUUACGGUGUUGUACCAAAAUCUGUUACCCAUCGGAAUUUGUAACUCCAGGGGGCGAUGUUCCCAUGGCGUUUGUUUGAUGGUUAAACGGCAAGCCCAAAGAGGAGGAGAAGAAGAACGCUUGCGUAAAUGGCGUAAACUAUCCUUAAUGCUGAAACGUCAGUUGUCAGAAUUUCAGCAUUAAUAAAUUACACAUAUUCUGGAAAUCAAUGACUUACUUUCAUUAUAGUAUGAGUCCAUUGUAUCAGCUGUUGAUUCUCUCUCACACACAUACAUUUUCCAAUAUAGAUAAGGCUAUACAUGCACAUGCGGUUGUUCUGUUUGUUAUGGCUGUAUGUUCCCUAUUCUUAAGCCAGGCACCUCAAUUACAAUUUCCUGCCCUUUUUUACACACCCCCUCCCUUCAUCUCCAUACACUUUUUCUCAUUUGGACCCCCAGAAUCAGGACGCACUAGGGUUACAUUUUCCGAUAAGCCCGUCGGCGUUUUGCCCAGCCAACUAGGCGUAAGCUUAUGGCAUUUCACACUAUUAACAGGAGGUGGCGCCAUACCAAGGUACUUGAAACAUUUGGCUUUAUCCAGUUUGAAGCCCACCUUCCAAUUUAUUAGCGGAUUUUGACUCCAAUCUAAAUCAUGGAAUCAAGCACCUAUAGAGAAUUGGUGGAAUAUCUUACCGAAGGGAAAGUACCACCAAAUUCCAAAAAAUACGAGCGCUUCAACCUGAAAAGAAAAACGGCAAACUACAUUGUGGAAGGCAAGUUAUGGUACCUAGCAUCGCACUUGAUGACUACCCCAGCAAAUGCCAAAUUGCCUCAAGAGGUUCAACGACUUAGUAUUUUUAUAACAAAAUGUGAUGGUGUUAAUGUAUUUAAAGAAAAACAAAGCAUUCCCUUUCUAAAUUUACAGUUUUACAUUAUACUACAGCAUAAUUCAAUCCAAUCCAAUCCAAUCCACUUUAUUUAUAUAGCACAUUUAAACAACAAAAUGUUUUCAAAGUGCUGCACAACAAUAUUAAAAACAACAUUCAAAUACAAUCCUGAGCUCCACCAAUGACUGAAUAAAAAACAAAAAAUAAAAAUAAAUACAUAUAAAACCAAUAUAAAAACAAUAUAAAAUAAAUAUGAUUAAAAACGAUUUUAAGGGUGAAACCAAUUAAAACAGUAAAUAGAAAUCAAAAUUUUAAAACACAGAGGGCAACUGUGUUCAGUGUUUGUAGAUUGUCAUACUUCAGAUGGACUCUCACCUAGCACGAGAAUGCGGCGCAACUUUACUCAGGUGCAUAAAUGGUGUCUGAAAUUGUACACCUUUUAAACUAAAUCCAUGGAAAAUUGAAGAAAAAGUGAAAGUAAUGUUAAUUUCCUUUUUUUGUUCCAAAAAACCCUUUCUGUAUAUUUUGGGUUGAUGGCAGUUCUCUGCCUCAUCAGAUAUUGACCCUUUGAGGCCGUGCCCAUAUCCUCUGAGUUGAUUGUGUGAUGGAUAAGAUAUUUUUUGUCGCGGAUUUACUCAUGUGUAUUGUUUUUUUGAUGAAUAAAUAAACGGUCUCAGAGCCAUGUUUUCAUUUUAUUAAUUUAAUAGUCUAAGAGUAAAUCUUAAUAUACAUAGAUCCUUCAUGAAUGAAUAUACACUGCCCCCACGCCAUUUGUGAGUUUUGCAUUUAAUUUGUAUUGAAUCAGGCCGCUCACUUUGUUAGGUGCGAGCACAGCAAGUAAAGCAUUGACAUUUGUACAAUAAACAAAUACCAUUGCUGCAAUCUCUAGAUUUCAAAUCAGAGAUAUUUGUAUUUCACUGUAUUACUUUUCAUUGUAAGAAAUAAGCUUUCAAUUAAAGCUUUGAUUUGUCAUAGAUGGCAAGCUAUAUAACCUCCGCCACAAAGGAUCGGCCAAAGAGCUGAAAGUUAAAGUGGUGUGUGGGGCAGCUGAAGCAGAUGCCAUAUUUAGAGAGUUCCACUCAAGUGACAUUGGCGCACAUUGUGGCCAGAUCAAAACAAGGGAUGCAAUUUCCAAGAGAUGUUACUGGCCCUCCAUGACGUGUGACAUUGAAAAAUGGGUGUCUGAAUGCACGUCCUGUCAACAGAAGGGCAGGGUUGACCUAAAGGCAGGCACAGAGUACAAGCCAAUCAAGGUGAACUUCACCUUUUGCAUUUUAAUUACACAGCAUGUAUCCUUGGCGAGAGGUGGGAUGGCUAGCACUGCAAUCUCCCAUGAAAAGGUGGCCCUAUUCAAACUCUGGCAGGGAUAAGGCCUCGCUGUUUAUAGGUCAAUCAUUUGAGACUACCAAAGUCAAACUAGUUGUGAAGAAUAUGCAAAUGUUGCCUAAAUUUUCAUGUCCCCGAACCAUUGCCUCACAGCAGCUAUAAUUCUCCCUGUGUUUGUGUGAGUUUUUGUGUGUUUACUCCACUCUAACAUUGUUCUCCACUCUUCUCUUCAAGACCAAAUGCCCCUUUGAGCUGGUCGGAAUGGACCUCAUAGGCAGGCUGGUGAAGACCAAGACAGGCAACCAAAACAUUUGUGUGAUGGUAGAUUACUGCACCAGAUGGGCACAGGCAUAUGCCCUAAAAUCUAAAACAGCAGAAGAAGUGACAGGGUGCAUCCUCAAAUUUUUCCAUCAGUUUGAGGUUCCGCAAAGAAUCCUGACUGACCAGGGCAAAUAAUUUGUCAACAAUAUCAACACAGAGGUUUGCCGGCUUUUGGGGGUUAAAAGAAGCCUUUGUGCUCCAUACCACCCCCAGACAAAUGGGUUGGUGGAGAGACUCAACUCUAGCAUUCAGAGAGCCCUGUGGAAGCUCGUGAAAGACAAGGCGAACGAUUGGGAUGAUUAUUUGGACGCAGUUAUGUUCGGCCUACGCACCAAAAAACAAAUCACCACACAAUUUUCGCCAUACUUCCUCAUGUUCGGAAGGGAGGCGCGAUACCCUUCUGAGGUUGCAGAGAACUUCCAGGUUAACUCUCAUUCAUCUACAUUUCAAUUCCAUCUAUACAGUAUUCCUCCCUUGUGUAAGACUUUAAUCCCAAUUUGCCAGUACUACAGUGUAUGUCUAGCAUCCGUUUCUUCUCUGCCACAGGUUGAUAAGUCUUUUGAGGAGCUAUACACAGAGGAAGAGGUGAUGUUUGAUCUACAACGGCAGGAGAAAAUAUUAGCCAUUGUACAAAAACAUCAAGAAAAGGCUCAUCAAAGAACCCAGGCAGCAAAAAACAGGCCUAAAACUCAAUUUCUGCAGGUGGGGGACAUGGUGUGGCGGCGAAAUGUCCGAAGUCAGCAAAGAAAAGGGGGAAAGCUUGACCCUGACUUCCUUGGUCCAUUUUGCAUAACAAAAAUUCAGGGGAAAAGUAUUGACCUUGUCAGCACAGAUGGAAAGCCUGUGUAUAAGGUCAAUGCUGAUCAUUUAAGAAAAUAUGUGGAGGAAGGCCCUAGAAUACCGGCCAAAUUGAGGACAUGCUCCACAGAUUCCCCUGCUGAAGCCACUCCAAAUACAGCCUCACCUGCCACCACAGCAGUUGAAGAUUCUUCUGCACCUGCCACAGCCAUCGCCCCAAACACCAGUGAGACCACCUCAGCCACCUCUGGGUCUACCAAAAGAGGAAUGACACCUGCCCGAGGAUCCCAUGGAAUCCAUGCCAUCUCACAUAAUCCAGAGCAAUAUAUCAAAGAAGCUUGGGGAGGACAGGAUUGUCACAUUCUUCUGUCCAAAAUUGGACGAUACAAAUUGUGGUAUUGGGACAUCAAUCGCACAGGGCCCAACAAGGAACUUGAAAGCGAGGUCAUCAAUGCAUACCUACAUAAACUAGUCGAGUGCUACAACAGCCGAGGAGGGAAACAAGCUGCAUACAUUGAUUCAUUUGCCAUUACAAUGAUGUGGCAAGGAAAAAAAACACGAGUGAAACUGGAUCCCAAUUCAUUUUUUGUUGUUUUGGGAGCUGUCCAUGAACCUGGCCACUGUUUUUUUUUACAGUAAGUGAAGAUUUAUAUCUCCUAAUCCUGGGUGUUUCUGUUAUCGGCUUAUCUGACAGUGAGGAAAUAGAAGUGAAGCUCUAUGAUUUUUCUGAAUAUUCACAGGCCAUUUAUCCAGCAGAGCAGCGGAGUCUUGUGCUUGACUCAUUAGGCAACGCUCGCUCUAAAGUACCCAAGUGUUUGGAGUCCACCGGGUAACAGCUGUUUCUUUCAUAAGUCAAAAGCUCCCAGGCUUCCA